AUGCUCCGUAGAAAUAUACGACUGAGGAGAGAGUAUCUGUACAGAAAGAGCUUAGAAGGCAAAGAACGUCUCCUCUAUGAGAAAAAGCGAAAGAUCAAAGAAGCCCUGUCCAAAUUCCUAACAAUUCCCACGGAGCUACGGAACGAGGAGGCGGAGCUUCGGCACCAAAUAGACCUUGAGGAUGAAAACAUAGCUGUCUCGAUGAUACACAUUGAUGUUGAGUAUGCGAACGCAAUGGAAAGAGAUCCUAAUAUUUUGAUAACUACAUCCCGUAAUCCAAGUGCUCCACUUACACAGUUUGUAAAGGUUAAAUUGAAGUUCAUCUUUCCUAAUGCACAACGAAUGAAUCGUGGUGGUCAAGUUAGUGAAUGGCUUUUCUUUGUACACUGUCUUAUUCGCAAUUUUUAA